UCUUGUUGUCAGUUUUAUCCGUAAACGGUGAUACAAGUUAAACCGGAUACAUUUGAUAACUAUUUCACGGUUAAUUAAAAAUAUAAUACAAAUAUUCUUCUUUGGUUUAACUGCCAUCUACCGGAUGUUGUGGUGUAUUAGAUAUUUGCCACGUUGCUGGAGGGAGUGAGGGCUUAACGCUGCUCUCACAACGGGAGGAUGCAGUUCAUCUUCCUGCUCGACCCGAGGCGGAGUGCGGCGGCCGAGCUGCUCCGCUGACCGACACACACACGCCGGGGCGCCGGGUCCAGGUCAUGCGGGGUCCUCCCUCUCCCCCAGCCGCGGCUCCAACAUGUUGACGGACAGGAUGAUGGAGGAAGAGUUUGAGGGGAACGGUGAGUCCUGGCACCACCCGCAGGACCUGGAGCACGAUCUCCAUUUGGCAGCAGAGCUGGGGAAAACCCUCCUCGACCAGAACCAUGAGCUGGAACAGGCCCUCCAGCAGAUGUACUCCACCAACCAGGAGCAGCUGCAGGAGAUAGAGUACCUGACCAAGCAGGUGGACCUGCUGCGUCAGGUGAACGACCAGCAUGCCAAAGUGUAUGAGCAGCUGGACGUGGCCGCCAGGGAUCUGGAGCAAGGCAACCGGAGACUAGUGCAGGACAGCCGCCUGGCCCAGCAGAAGAUCCACAGUCUAACAGAGACCAUUGACGGGCUCCAGAGCCUCAUGGAGGACUUGCAGACCCAGGUGGACGGGCUCAAGGCCGCCCAGGCGGAGAGGAACAAGAGAGAGGUGUCGGAGCAGCGACGCAACCUCGGAGCUCAGAGUGUUUCCUGUCUCAAAGAGCUGUAUGACUUACAACAUGAAAGGCACCUAUCCCCUGAGAGUCUGCGUGUGGGCGGACUCUGGGUACCGCAGGACUCUUUCUACGACCAGGACAGACGCCAGAACGCGGAGGAGGAGAAAGCGUCCCUGCAGCGCUCCGUCCAGACCCUUCGGGCCCAGAUAGCUGCAGAGCGGAGCCGCAGGGAGGCUGCAGAGCAGGAGAGCGAGUUGACCGCCAGUGAGAACGUAGAUCUGGAGCAGCGGCUGUCUCUGCUGUCGGGCUGCUGGACCCGGCAGAAGGAGCUGGAGGCCGAAGUGGAACAGCUGCGGCUUCUGUGGCGAGCUGACUGUGCCAAAAGUGUCAGAAGGCCAGACCAGCUUCUGUUGCCUGAUACAGUAUUCUUUGCCUCAGAGGAAAAGCCCAGCCCAGUGCAGAGUGACGCCGAGGAGAAGGUAGAAAAGGACGAGGAGCAGAGACGAUACAGGCGACAGAGGUGUAACAGCGACACCGGUUUGAGAUCCUCGAAUCCAGACGAGAUCCGACGCGGUCACGAUCUGCUGUGUAUACGUCGAGCAGAGGCGGUGAAAGAGAGGGGCAUCUCUCUGCUCAAUGAGGUGGAUGCACAGUACAGCGCCCUGCAGGUGAAAUAUGAUGAACUGCUGAAACGAUGCCACCAGGCGACAGUCGGACUCAGCAGUAAAGCCGUCCAGACGUCCCUGAGUCCCUUCGGAAGCAUCCGGACGCGGCGCCGCCUUUCGAGCUCAGCGGCUCUGUCUGGUCUGAGCGUGGUCGUGGAGGAUGGCCAGCAGCCGGAGUACAAGGCUCUCUUCAAGGAGAUCUUCAGCUGCAUCCACAAGACCAAAGAGGACCUCAGCGAGAACAGACGCGCAGACAGGGACGUUGUUUCCCAUGAUUCUGCCUCGUGAUUGCAUUAAUCCUCAUCCAGGGACACGGGGAUGGAGGUGGUUUGUCUCUCUUUGAAACUUUGAGCUGGCUUUAUAAUGAUGUUAUCCAGGGGCUGCGAUGCAAUAAGCACAGUGCGUCUCAGACACGCUACAAUCCUCUUAUCUCCUGUCAUGUCGCCGCACUUAUAUUUAUGUUAGUCAGCACUGUUACUUUUAUUCCGUCCUUACAGAAAUGAAGUGUUAAAAAAAAUUUGUUGCGUAAAGCAGCUGUUUGAUUUGAUGCAAUAAUUCAUUCCAAAGAUCAACAACAAAACUAGAUAGUAAAAUAUAUUAUUGUAUAUUGUAAUAUUUAUAGUUAGAUUAACUCGUACUAACUGAUCCUUGGCUAAUUCAAUAAGUAUCAUAUCCACCUACAGCAGUAUUCAGUGUAAAUAGAAUGCCAACCCUGUGACCACGUGAUCAUUUGGUCUGUGGGAGAGAAACACACACAUUGAAUAUUGUUUGCGUUGAAUAAAGACAGGGACGUAGUUGUUAUAUAAGACUUAUGUAAACUGAAAUGUUGGAAUGUUUGUAAUAGGAUGAAAAACUGUGUAACAGCUAAAGACUCUGGAGUUUAUGACAAUUAGCUUAACAGCUAGUGCAAGUUGGUUUCUGUAAGUUUAGUGGUUGAAGGUCAUUAGAAAGUCACAAGAGAAAUAUCAGUGGAAUACAGUUUGUAUACCAGUAGAACACAUAACCAGCCAUGCACUUGUUAUGACUGAAUCCCACUUUCUGUUUUAUUUAUUUUUACACAUGAUGUAUAGAGGACAUGAAAUGUUAUUUAUUUUCUUUACCGAUACAUACUCAGAGCAGAUUGUUGAGUCUGAGUGAAAGUUAAAUUUAAUGUAAUCUGAGGUGCAAAAGAAAAUGUUUGUAAUCAUUCUGACGGCGUGGAAAAUGCAGUUCUCUUGACGUGGAGCAGCAGAUCAUCACUAACAGCAGAAAGACAUUUAUAGCUGAUUUUUCUUAAAACCUAUUCUGUCUAAAUCAAAAAGGUUGGCAUAGAUAUCAUGGGAACAUUCUCUCAUGUUUGAAAAAUCGUUUUUUUCCCCCAGACCCCAGCUGUUGUUGACUGAAUUUAAAGUGACACAUCUUAUACUGCUGAGACCCAUAGUGACAAAACUGUAUUUUUCAUAUAUCACUCGCAUUUUCCCUGUGAUGUGAUGUCGCUGAUGUUUUUCUCUGAAGCUGUGAACUAUAUCUGUAUACUGCUGCAGAAUGCAACACUGUAUACUAAGAGGUGUCCUCAAUGAAGACUAACAUGAUUUUGCUUGCAACUAUCUAGUAAAAGCACUGAUGCAG